AUGUCUGAUAUGCUGUCGGUUUUGCCAGAGGUCUACUGGAUUUACUUAUGUGCUUUAAUGAGCAACAUGCUGCUGGGCUUACCGACCAACAGCUGGGUCCUGUGGCUGAUCGCCAAAGGGUCCAGAGAUACGCUGUCUUCAGAAAUAUUCACCUUCAACCUGGCUGCGUUGGAGUUGACCUAUUGCCUGCAGAUUCCUCUGAGCUUUCUUAAUUAUUUUCUGUGGAAACAGAGGUUUAUACGACUUUUUACAUUCUUUAAUGCCCUCAUCAUCUUCGGCCGUCCCCUGUUCCUAUGCUGCAUCUGCAUCGAGCGUUACCUGGCCGUUCUCCACCCCCUCACCUUCCUCAGGUGCAAGCCUCUCAGGUACAGGCUGGGGUGUUUGGGCUUGGCCUGGAUGGGGACCAUCGCGGGCUGCUCAUUCUGUGUGUUUUUGGAUGCUGACGUGCUGAAUUAUGUAAUCCUGGCGGUCAUGCUGGUCAUCCUCAGCAUCAAGUGCUUCUGCUGCCUGGCUGUGCUCCAGGCCUUGAGACGUCCUGGGCCAGGGGAGGGGGCGCCGGGGCAGUCCAGGGGAGGGGGUCCCCAGCUGGCCAAGCAGAAGGCUUUCAGAAUCAUCUUGUUCAAUCUGAUUUUUAACUUGGUCGACUACCUCCCGAUGACGGUUGCUAUCCUGCUGAGGAGUCUCAUGUCUGAAAGGGUGUUUAGACUCUUUAGGGCCAUCAGCUCCAGCAUCGCCGUGUUCGGCGCUUUCAUCCAGCCUGUCCACUUCCUCUUUAGGGCUGGGAAACUGCAGUGCAUUGUGGGAAAUACCUGCUAA